CACCGGCCAAAGUGACUUCAGCAUUUUGCAGCCUCAACUUCUCCCAAUCAUUCAACAACGUCUUCAAGCGCGAAAGUCUGACCUCAAGAUGAAGUUUCUCAAGGUCGGCCGCGUGGCCAUCAUCACUCGAGGCCGGUAUGCCGGAAAGAAGGUUGUCAUCAUCCAGCCAGUGGACUCCGGCACGAAGCAGCACCCAUUCUCCUACGCCUUGGUCGCAGGCAUUGAGCGUUACCCUUCGAAAGUCACCCGCCGCAUGGGCAAAAAGCGAAUGGAGAAACGAUCAAAGGUUAAGCCAUUCAUCAAAAUGAUCAACUACAACCACAUCAUGCCCACACGAUACACACUCGAACUCGAAGGCCUAAAGAGUGUCAUUUCGAACGAUACAUUCAAGGAGGUUUCGCAAAGAGAAGACGCAAAGAAGAACGUCAAAAAGGCCUUGGAGGAGAGAUACCUGAGCGGCAAGAACAGAUGGUUCUUCACUCCUUUGAGAUUCUGAGUGUCAGGCUGUGCAUUAUGUCUCUGAGACAGUAUUUUGCCGUCAAACGCAGCGGCAUGGCAUGGGGACUUUAGACAUGCGGUCUGCGGGAGGCGAGAAUCAUUGCAACAUCAAUGAACUAAACCCUAUUUCAGGCGGUCUCGAGGUCGGCCAAAUGCAGUGAAUGUUUGUUGGGGAGGACUUGACACCUGCGCCGGCGAAGUUGCAGUGGAUGACGAGAGUACGGCCCAAAUGAAAUCAAUUCAAUAUCAUUGCGGAAGAUGUGUCGGUAUUGGUGCGAUUGAGGGUUUCCGAGCUCAUUCAAGAUAAAGAUCGUCUUUCAAGCGCUGCAGAUUCCGAAACAGCCCAGCCGCACCGCCACUUCCUUCAUUUGAGCUUUUCGGAUUCCUGCCCACGGCGGAGCUUGAUCGUGCCGAACUCCCCCCCUUAGAAUUUCGAGCCCUCUCUCGUGCAUCCAGUGUCUUCCUCCUGUCUUCCACCAUUUUAACCAAUGAAUCAACGAAUUUGACUCUG